AUGGAAAGCGGAAUCGAUACUACCGGGUCGAAAUGCAAGAUUUGUAACCGAUCUGAUUCAUCCGACAUCAACAUGGUGUCCUGUGACCAGUGUCAUCAAACGGAGCAUAUCUCUUGCGCUGGCGAAGACAAUUCGAUUAAAGAUCGUAAGUACGUUUGUAAGGAUUGUAUCGCAAAACUAACCGCGAGUAAGCCGAAAAGAGCAAAGAAUUCUACGGCUGACAAUAAGUCCACCAGAACUGCUGGUGGGAAAUCAGCUUCUAGGAAGGGGACGAAAAAUCCCUCUAUUCCGGCGAGUCAAACUUCUAGUGCACGGGCGGCUGCUAUGGAAGCCCAGUUAAAAGUCAUCGAGGAGGAGAAGCAGAACAAGGAACAAGAACUAAGGGAACAGGAAGAGCUCCGUACUCGUGAGCUGGAAGAGGAGCAGCGUCAAAUUGAAGAUAGAAGACAGCUGAUGGAAGAAGAACGGCAGCUCCGUCAACGAAAGUUGGAGGAACAACGUGCGUUGCUUGCGAAACAGCAGCUGAUUUGA